AAAACAUCAGUUAGUUUCUCGCAGUUGAAGGUGAAUGACGUUAAAAAGUCUUCGCGCUCCUUUUGUUUUUUUUAUGUUCCAACCAACCAGCCAGUUAGUGUUGAGUGAUCGAACCACACGAAAGAGUGAAAAGUUUAACAACAAACAGAUACCUACUGACAUACAAAACGCAAUCUGACAAACUGCUGUCUUUGGAUUAGAUAAAAAACAUAGCAUUUUGCGUCACAACAACAAUAUUAAGCAAACGAAUUUUGUGAAAAGUUUAUAAAAAGAAGAUUCUUGGAAAGUUAAAAAAAAGCAAGCAACCAACAAAAUGACAGACAAUCUUCAAUCACCCAUUAGAAGAUUUUAUGCCGGUAAAAAUGUUUUCAUCACGGGAGCUACCGGUUUCGUGGGAGUGACAAUUAUUGAAAAACUCUUACGUGAUAUACCAGAAAUUGGUACCCUCUACAUACUGAUGCGCGCCAAGAAAGGCAAAUCAGUGGAACAGCGUGUGGAGGAUGUAAAGAAGAACUCUGUUUUCAAUCGUUUCAAAGAAAUGAAACUAGAAGAUCGUUUUGCCAAAAUUAAACCCGUCGAAGGUGAUGUGGGUCAAGAAAAUUUGGGUUUAUCCGCAGCAGAUCGUCAAUUGUUGAUCGAUAAUGUUAAUGUAGUCAUACAUUCGGCUGCCACCUUAGAUUUCUUCCAAGGUUUACGAGAAACAACAUGCAUUAACUUGCUGGGUACACGACGUGUGGUCGAAUUGUGCUCACAAAUCAAGCAAUUGAACUCUUUGGUACAUGUCUCCAGUGCAUAUGUUAAUUCCUACCUGACGGAUGUGGAAGAGAAAUUAUAUCCUGCUCCUGAUGACCCAGAGAAAGUCAUUGACCUGGUCAAUAAAUCGAGUGAUAGUGCUCUAAAAGAAAUGGAGCCUAAACUUCUAAAGGACCAUCCCAAUACCUAUACAUUCACAAAACAUUUGGCUGAACAUGAAGUGGCAAAGGCUGCCACUCGCUUUGCAUGUGGUAUUGUCAGACCCAGUAUGAUUACCGCUGCCUGGCAUGAACCGGUCCCUGGUUGGACAAUUUCAAAAAAUGGUCCACAAGGCUUUGUUAUGGGUGCUGCCAAAGGUGUGAUUAGACGUUUACCUUUGGAUGCUUCAGUUAUUAUGGAUUAUAUACCAGUGGAUGUGGUGACUAAUGCUAUCAUUACAACGGGUUAUUAUGUGGAUGCCUUAAAAGUAAAAAAUGGUAACAAACCGGACCAAUUGCAAAUUUUCCACCUUACCUCAAGUACAUACAAACCAUUCCGUUUCGAAAAACUUGUGGCUCAAAUUAAUGCAGGAAUGCAUGAAUAUCCCCUUGCAUCAGCAGUAUGGUAUCCUCGUCUACAAUUUGUGAAAAAUUUAACAGCAUUCCGUUUGGGCGCCAUUUUCUUCCACUUUAUACCAGCUAUAUUCCUUGAUCUACUGACUGUUGUCACUGGGGGCAGACCUAUCUUGUUGAGACUGCACCGUAACGUUUGGAAUUCAUUAAAUACUUUGGAGAGAUUCAUUUUCACCGAAUGGCAUUAUGACAAUAAAUUAGCCAUCAAACUGGCAAAGUCAAUGGAUCCGGUGGAUAAGAAGCUCUUUGGCAUUGACAUUGAAACUUUAUGUUGGGAGGAAUAUUUCAAGAAUAUGCAUAUGGGUGUACGUGAAUAUCUGAACAAAGAAUCACCAAAGAAUUUAGAGGCUGCCAGGAAAAAGGAUAAAAUUUUGCUGGGUCUUCAUGUUGCCAUGCAAUUGCUUGUUUACUAUGGCAUUUUCAAAUUGCUGGUUUGCUUUGGCAUCUCUUCUCCAAAAGCUGCACUAGUUAUGCCUCUCGUCUACAUGGGCUUUAAUGCUCUUUAAUGCAUUUAUCAUUAAAAUUAUUUGCAUUUUUUUAAUGCAUAUAAAUAUUUCAUAUGUUUACUUAACAUUUUUUAAAAAAGUGGAUAAUGUAUUUUUGGUAAUUUGUUAUUUAUAUUAAAGCUUGGAAUUAAUAAAAACAUAGAUACAUUCACAUGUAUGCACUCGACAG